CUAUGAUAAAAAGCAUGCAUUGUUUUAUGGCACAUUUUUCCUUUUAAUUCCAGUGACUUGUGCUUCAUAGGAAGCACUUGUUUCAAAUUUUGAUGUGAGCAUAAUGGCUACGGCAGUGCCCCUUGAUCAACAGCAACCAGGGGCUAUGUACCCUGAGGCUGUUUCUAACGGGCCUUCUCAUGGUGGGUCAGUCGGCCCUUUCUUUGCUGUUAUCUCUGUGAUAGCAAUUUUCUGUGCUUUAGCUUGCCUUCUGGGUCGCAUUUGUGGAGGCCGGCUUGUGGGUCUAGAGAGCACGUAUGACUGUGUUGGAUGGAUGGAGAUGAGAUGUAGCUCAUGCAUAGAUGGCGAUAUAGAGCAUGGUGCCAUCAUCAACCAUGAUGUUCCCAUAGCUAAGGUGGUUGCUAAUAAGGAUGGAGGUAAGGAUUCCGAAGCUAAGCCCGAUGAGAGUCAGCCCACUCCACUGUCGGCCGCGACAUAAAAGGCCUUGUGUUUGAUGGGUGUUGAGAGUUUGGGGUUCUUGUUAUGACAUGUAACGGGGUGUUGUAUAUGGUGUACAUGCAUGGUUUAUGGAUGGGGCUUUGGUCGAUGUGCAUGGAUGUGUGGGGCUUGAGGUCUUGCCUGUGAAUAAUGAGUGGUCUGGAUUGGCGCUUGUAUAAGAACGGUGGUCCACCUAAAUGUGGGUGGAGAAUCUCGACCCUCCGAUUAGAUGUCCUAGGGGUUUGUGAAUCAGGUUGCCUGCCGUGUAGGAUUGGUGACAUUGGCCGUCAUGCUCAUUGUUAAUUU